AUGAAGAGUGAGCGUAUCAAAAACACAUACUCACUAAUGAAAUACAAGAAUGAUCCCUCAAACCCAAUAAUAAUAGAUAUCGAUGUAGAUGCAUCUGAUUCUAUCAGGAUUACCCCCAUACCAACCAUUGCUAAAGCUGGAGUUAUGACUCAAAGGUCAAAAUCCAAACCUGUUUCAACUGUCAAACCAAUUCACAAAGAAGGUCAACAUUCCAGACGUAGUGUUUCUGUUCAAGUGCUUUAUGAAAAUCGUUCAAAGCAGAAAUUUGAUCCAGAUUCCAAUUCCCAUUCACCCGUGCAUGGUUACACAAAAUCAGAUUUUGAAGACCCAAACCCAUUCAUCAACCAAAAUAAGAGGAAAUCAUCUCCACUUGUAACAUACAAAGUUGUGCAACAUCAGGAAAAGAAAGCUAGAGCAGAUGUGGCCAACCCUCAAGCAUUUAAGGCAAAAGUUAAAGUCAAGAAACUGGAGAACAGAAAAUCAAAGAAGGGAGUUCCUGUGGGUAUUCCAACACAACCAAGGCGAAUACAUAUUCGUACGUCACCAAAAAUAUUAUUCUCCACAAUGCACGGUCUGACGAAUGGACAGAAGGAGUAUUUAUCAUCCAUUGGAUUUGGUCCCCUUUUAAAUAUAAAAGUAGAUGGGUCGGCAUCACGAAUUGGGUACUAUGCGGUCAACAACUUUGACCCUGAACGCAUGGUACUGAAUGUCGAGCGGGGUGAGAUACCAAUCACUAGGCAAUUGAUACAUGACAUGUUGGGUCUCCCUCUGGGAAAUAUCAAUAUCAAUUCACUAAAGUUCAGACCCGCUGAAGACAAAACUGUUGAUUUGUGGUCUGCACAGUUCAAGUCAGAAAAUGAUAUUAGGCCCAAAGGCGUACAAACGGCGAUUUAG